CAUAUUGUGCUCGAUUGUCCAAGUCUAGAUCGGCGUGGGAAGUUUGGUGGCUCUCGUCCUUCUACUGCGGUUCCUGCGUACGGCGUGCAACUUCCUUCGACGCUGCAGUCCGUGCCAGCACCCUCUGCUAGUUUGCUAGGUGAUCCUCCUGCUCAUGCCACCUUGUCCUCUGGGACUCUUGAGCAACUUGUUCAGUCUGCCCUUCAGAAGGUUCUCCCUUCGACAUUGCAAUCUGUUUUCUCGGCUACUCCUCCGACAGGAUCGGAGCACGGGGAGGACGCUGGGUAAAGGUUCGAAGCGUGGGCGCACUUACACCUUAGACAGUUUGGAGUCUUUGGAGACAUGUUCGCCUUUGGGGAAUGGACACAUGGUGGUUGACGCGCCCUCUGCUGCCAAGAAUCUCUCGAGUUUUGCUAGUG